AUGCCAAUUACUCAGUACAACAAGAUCACCGCAGGCUUACCAGUGUCCAUCGUCCUCAAAGCCGAUCAACGCACGGGAAGGGAAGUGCAAGGCACGGUUGCGCAACUGCUUACCCGUCACAAUCACCCCCGCGGCAUCAAAGUCAAGCUUACCGACGGAAGAGUGGGUAGAGUCCAGAAGAUACUCCGCACCAUGAGUUCAAACAAUCCAUGGGCCGACUCUACGUCGCAGGGAAACCCAUACCAGAGCCCAGAUGACCAGCAGCGGGGUCUCAAUCAGACUUACUUUGCGCAAGACACUUCAAAUCAGCAUCAGCAGACACCGUACGGUCAGCACCCGCAGCAGGGAGGCUAUCCGCAGAGUGCACACCAACAGGGCUAUACGGCUCCUCAAGGUCCACCACCUUCGCAAAGCAUACAACGAUCCGACACCGAACAGCUUCUCGCCCAGCAGCAAGACGCCGGCGCGCAGGUCGAGACCAUGCAGCAAUACGAGUCGCAGGCGCGGCAGACGGACGAUGACAAGAACCAGGCAGAGCUGCAAAAGCAGUUCCCCAACAUCGACUCGAGCCUAAUCGCUGCCAUCUACAAUGAGAGAAAGCCUGACAUGGCCGAGGUGCGGGAGUUACUGCAAGAGCUGAAUGCUUCCUAA